GUCUUUCAUCUCUCUGUCUUCUAACUGUCACGACAACCAAAUGUCAUUCUCCAACCUGAUGUCACACGCAAAAGUUCAGAAGUUUCAGAUCAACAAGGAGUCCUUGGGAGCAGGGAAGCGCCCUCCCUUAACUAGGCAUCCCCAUGAUGUGGCUGUUUAUAACUACUACCUGUUUCCUUUGUGGAACUUUAAGUGUCAGUGGACUCAUAAAUUUGGAGCCAGAAGUGAAUCCUGAAGUAUGGAUGAGUAUUAGUGAGAUCAUCACCUACAAUGGCUAUCCCAGUGAGGAACACGAGGUCACCUCAGAGGACGGCUACAUACUUAGCGUCAACCGAAUUCCCCACGGCCGAAGAAAUGCCCACCUUAAAGACCCCAGGCCAGUUGUGUACUUGCAGCAUGCACUAUUCGCAGACAAUGCCUACUGGCUUGAGAAUUACUCCAACGGCAGCCUCGGCUUCCUUCUAGCAGAUGCAGGCUACGACGUGUGGAUGGGCAAUAGCCGGGGAAAUACCUGGUCCCGAAGACACAAAACUCUCUCGCCGGCUGACGAGGCCUUCUGGGCCUUCAGUUUUGAUGAAAUGGCUAAGUAUGAUCUCCCAGGAAUAAUAAACUUCAUUGUAAACAAAACUGGUCAGGAGAAGCUGUAUUUCAUCGGACAUUCCCUUGGCACGACAAUAGGAUUCGUGGCCUUUUCCACCCUGCCUGAAGUGGCGCGAAGAAUCAAGAUGAAUUUUGCCUUGAGUCCUGUGGUUUCGUUUAAGUAUCCCACAGGCAUCUUCACCAACUUUUUUUUACUUCCAAGUUCUUCAAUCAAGAAAUUUUUUGGUACCAAAGGUUUCUUUUUAGAAGAUAAGAAAAGGCGAGACUUUGCCAUCAGACUCUGCAGCAGCAAGAUACUGCGCCUGCUCUGUAGUGAAUUCAUGUUCCUGUGGGCAGGAGCCGACUGGAAAAACAUAAACAUGAGCCGACUGGAUGUGUAUAUGUCACAUGCUCCCACCGGGACAUCCGUCCAGAACAUCCUGCACAUAAAACAGCUGUAUCGGUCAAGUGAGUUCCGAGCCUACGACUGGGGUGACGAAACUCAGAACAUGCAGCACUACAACCAGACUCGCCCCCCACGGUACGACUUGAGGGCCAUGAACGUUCCAACUGCUGUUUGGGUUGGCGGACAUGAUGUCCUUGUCACCCUCCGAGAUGUGGCCAGGGUCCUCCCCCAGAUCCGGAAUCUUCAGUACUUCCAGUUAUUGCCGAAGUGGAACCACUUUGAUUUCAUCUGGGGCCUGGAUGCUCCAGUGGUUUACAGGAAAAUUAUAGAUCUAAUGAAGGAAAAUCCAUAACAGAGAGCCAGUGACUUGUUAGUUCAAAGCUACAAUACGUCCAAACCUCUAAGAGGAUUUAGAAGAAAAAUACCAGUGAGGUCUAGUCUGUUGCCCCACACCUUAUUAUUUGUGCUAAGGUCUUCCCUUAUCAGGACAUUUCACAUGGGAAUUAUUUCCACCGUGUUUUAAGAGAUGUUCACAUUUGGGAAUUUUUUUCUCUCAGUCAAGGUCAGGUCCCAUGUUUCAUCCAAGAUGUUUGACUCUCAGAAGAGUUCAGGACCACAGGAAGACCUUUCCUGUUCCUGUUUCGCAGUAUGUUCAUGUAGUGACCCAUCACUUCUCUUGAAGAGUUGAACAUGAACAUUGGGGCACUCUCUACAAGAAGACUGUUAGGUCAGGGUUUUUUUGAAUUUUUUAUGGGGAGUGUCUUUGUGGUGAUUGUGAUCGUGUAAAAAUCACAAUACAGUGUUAGUCAUUGUAGUCAUGAGAUAAGCCCUGGCCUGUAUCAACCUUGGAAAUAGAAAAAAAAAAAAGAUAGAAAACAAACCUUCAAUAUUCUAAAUGUUCUAAGAAUAUGAUUUAUGAGCUAGAACAGAAAGGAACAGAAUUAAGGAUAGCUAGAAUGAGCUGAAGUGCCAAAGAUUAAGAUUAUUGGUUACAGCACACUUGUCUUUGAAUCAAGGCUAACCUUUCACCGCUGCCUAGGAGUGGGAUACCCUCUCUGAUAAUCAGCGAGUGGUCCUGAGUCACAACACGUGGGAAAGAUUCCUUCUUUUUUUAAUCUAAAGAAAAACUAAAGAGAUCAACUAUUACAACUCUACCAAAGUAGAAUUUAUACUCCUGCAUUUGUAUCCACGAAAAAUUGAAGGCAAGCUCCAGAAAGCACAAUUCAAAACCAGCAAGGGAGGCACAGGGAAUAUUUGAAGUUUUAUUCAGUCUUUCUCUAGACGAUGCCUACCUUGAUUCUAAUCGUCAGUGCAGUGUUCUAACAGUUGUGUGAAGUGGUAGUGGGCCUGGUCUGCAUUUUUAAGUGGUGUAAACUUGAAAAAGUACCUUAUCUUCUAUGAAGAUGUGAUUAAUGAAAAGCAAUUUAUAUUCCCCAAGAAACCAUAGAUAAAUGGCACACAUGGACAUGAAUAGUGACACUGGGACUGACAGGCAGGACCCCAGUGACAUUCCUCAGCAAAUAAUCCAUCAUUCACCCUUCAUUAUUCUCAUGUGGAUUUUAGUACCUUUAAAAUGGAAUGAGACUUAUUUUUAUGUAAGUUGUAUAUUAGUGAGUUAACACCGGUUUGAAAAGUCAUUAGAUUUCAGGGUUACCAUUCCCAACCUGCGUCCACCCCCAAACCACAGUUUUCUCAUAAUUUAAGGCACAGUUUGAUUAAUAAUACUUUUUCAAGUCCA